GUCAACAUGGUUGAAAAUGAUGUCACCAGGAUGUCAUCAGAUUAUGCUGAUCAAGAAAAUGAAAGAUGUCACGACAGAUGGGAGACAGUCAUCGCAGGUUUUUACAAACCAUGAUGGCCAGCGGCAUCAUUGAUGAGUCGGGGGCAAAGGCACUCCAUCAGCAUUGUUGUGAAACACACAGCACACAGUAUGCGCCAGACAGACUGGACGAUUUCAUUGAUUCCAUCAAUUCAAAGCUGCAGCCGAUGUUCAUGCAGAUUAGAAAAGGGAUGUCUGAAGACAAUGGUCACCAGCAUUAUGCCUUGGUCAACAUGGUUGAAAAUGAUGUCACCAGGAUGUCAUCAGAUUAUGCUGAUCAAGAAAAUGAUCUGACUCUUCGCCGACACAGACGCAACUUCCUGAUGAGCCUCCGUCACUGAGACGCACAUUCCCACCGAGCAGCCGGAUGCUGCUGCAGGACGGAGCCGCUCCAGCAUCAAUUACAUGCGCAGUCCUGCCGUGAGCCACACAUCACCACGGCAACCGGCGAUCACACCGAGACAGCACCGGUGAUCCGAGUCCAUCCACAUCUGUCCCCAAUUUCUAGAUCCAUCUGGGAAUUUUGAGGCAGCCAAGCAGCUAUGGUGAAGCUGGGCAGCAAUCUGUCAGAUAAGCUGGAGAAGCAGCCGUCUGCGGAUGAUGGCUUUGAUAAUAUUCCCCUCAUCACACCCCUGGAGGUCAACCAGCUCCAACAGUCAUUCACAGACAAAGUCAUUGUGAAGACGUCAACACAGUACCAGCUGCAGCAGCAGAAGAAGAACAAGCUGUAUGUUCCCAGCAUCAAGAAGCUAAAUAUCAACUUCUACAGUGAUGUUUCUGAGAAAGCCAAGAUCACAGGUCUGAUCCUCAUUACUUUGGCUUUCUUGACCAGCCUGCUCCUUCUGCUCAUGUAUAAAACCAUGUGGUACGAUCAACUAACCUGCCCAGAGGGUUUCAUCCUUAAGCAGAAGCACUGCAGCCCUGCAGCUCUGGAGAUGUACUACACAGAGCAGCAGCAGCAGCAGGAGCCCGGCGUCCACAGCGGCACCAACACCGGGCUUUACGCCGCUCUCAGCCACCUCAACCAGGUCAAGAGGACUGAGCCUGAGCUGCCGUCGCCAUGGUUACCAGUCAUCAGCGCUCUGAAGGAGGCCGAGGUGGCCAAACAAGGCGGCGAGCCGCUUAAAGGAGCGCUGGAGGGAGAAAAGUGAAGGAGUGAAUGGAAACGUGGGUGUUAGAGGAGAAAACGACAGUGGGGAUGUAGUGUGUGUUUUGUUUCCAUCUAUGUGUGUGUGUAUUUUAGAUUUCUUUUUCUCCUCCCAGGCGACCCGUUGAAUCACUUGUUAAUACUGGUGCUUCAAAAGAUCUGAAUAACUACUGACAAUUCAAAUCAGUAAUGUAAAUGUGUGUGUGUGUGUGUGUGUGUGUGUGUGUGUGUGUGUGUGUGUGUGUGUGUGUGUGUGUGUGUGUGUGUGUGUGUGUGUGUGUGUGUGUGUGUGUGUGUGUGCGCGUGUGUGAGUUGUUGUGGUCGGAAGCAGAAAUGUGUGUCACUUUUACAGUGUUACUGAGUCAUGACUGAAGUCUGCCAUCUGGAUCCUGUGUGUGCUUGGUAAAUACUGUACACUCUAAAUACUUGCAUACAUAUGAGCACAUGUGUCCGGUAUGCAUGUCUGUAUUAAUGUGCAGUGUGUGUGCGCAUACGCUGUAUUAAAAUGUGUGCUUGUCUGCAUAAGGUGAGAGAAGAGAAACGAGGCGAAAACUCACAGUGAGAAGUGACGAUAACAAGUUUUUAAUGAGAUGGCUGCUAGUUUUUCUCCUCAUCACUUUGUUAUCUUGCCGUCUCUUCAUUUAGUCUUAGAGCAGAAUUUAUGAAAUCAUUAUUGAAUGUGCUCAGCGUUUAACUAGUAAGAAAUUUCAGUUUUUCCCCAUCUUACUGUCUCUUGACUCUAAAUUUUCUGGGUUUUGUCAAGUUAAAGUCAGAGGAAAGUUAGUUUUUAAAGUAUUAAAAGUCAAACACUACAAUUUCCUAAAAAUGUGGAUUUUUUUAAACAAUCAAUGUGGGUUACUGUAUUCAGAAUUAAUUACCAGAAAAGGUAUAAAAUCCAUGUUCUAUUAAAUAUAUAACACUAAGGGGUCCCGAUAUUUUGUCAGUAUGAGUGCUCAUUUAUGUUUCAUUACAUUGCAAGCUACUAACUUUAAUUAUUUACACAACUUGAGAACUUUAAUUGUACUAUUACAAACAAGCCAACUGUGAACACGAGCCAAGUAAGAUCCAUCCUAGUUGUUUUUUGCUGUCAUUAAUUCAUUUUGUUAUUUAUGUAACUGUAUGUAUUCCGUAAAGCCCUUGUAAAUGUACAGUAUAAUAAUAACAGGGUUAACUCGUCAUGAUUCUUAUCUGAAUGUAUGAAGUAGCUGCUCUCAUCAUGCAGUAGAUAGAAUUAGUGCUUAUUCUGUACUACCUAAAAACUUCUAUGGUGUUUACAGUUUUACAUUGAGUAUUUAUUUGCACAUUAGUUAAUGUCUUUGAGUGGAAAGAUUUUGUUUGCAGAUCUUGGAAGUAUGAAGAAUUAUUUUCAAUUCUAUUACAACUUUAAAGGGAGAAAAAAAAUCAUGUGAAGUUGAAUUUCCAAAACAGACGGAAACGUGGCAAAUAAAUAAUGAGACUAAUGCUGUAAUUUUAUCGUAUUUAAUUCAGGCGGUUUGUAACUUUUGGGGGUGUAUUUAUGCUUCCCCACUGAUUCAUGUGUAUGGUGUGUUUUGUCCAUGUGCUCUGUGGUUAGACUUGUCAGCCACACCUCAUAUUAUGUCUCACACAGACCGGAUAAGUCUUGCAGUUUGUCUUAAUUCGCUCAUUUUGUCUGACCUGCUGUACCUUUUCUCCUCUUUUUUUGUGUGUUUUUCAAAUGGCAAUAAUCUUAUUUUGGAAAGAAACUCUUUAUGUGAGUAAGAUCAAUGUGAGAUCACAGCACAGCUUGUCCCUCCGGCUUCAGAUGCCAAACACUGACAUCAGGCCCAUCUGCUCUGAUGUCACUGACUCAACAGAAAUAAAUGAGUGGAGUGUUGAGCUCUCUCAUUCACAACCAGCCCUGUUUGAAUCUAAUGACAUGAAUUAAUGAUUUGAAAGGACAGAUGGAGUUUUGCUGUUUGGAUUUAACUGAAACCAUUCGUGAGGGCUGAUGGUUAGUAGUUACUUUGCCGAGUAAGAUUCAACACACAGAGCGUAUGAUCAACUAACAGAACAUCACAGAUUCACUCAAUUAUCAACCUUGAGGAGCACAAUUACAACACAUAAAAUAUGAAAUAGUAGUUUAUUAUUAUAUAAGAGUCCUUUUAAUGUGUUUCCAAGUUGGAUGCAACAUGAUUUAUGCUACAGUACACCAUAAUAUAAUUACACUCUCAGAUUUCAGAGGGCAAAUAUUGUAGUUUUUACACAACAUUGUCUUAUUUGAAUAAUUACUUUGAUUUUACAAAUUGCUUAUUACUUAUAAAUUACUUAUUUUACAAAUAAAACAUUGUUAAAUGUGAUGCAUUGUUAUAGAUUUAGUUAUCUGACGUGUGAAAGUGUUAAUAUCUGCUCUACCUUGACACCCAAAAAGACUAAAUACAUCAGUAAUAACUAUCAAAUACUUACUAUCGUAUAUUCAUCCAUCCAUUAUAUAGUCUGGGUUAUCCUUUGCAGGAUUGCCAGUGGUAUAUAGUGUAUUACUACAGAAUAUUAAAUACUGAUAAUAUGUGAAAGUAGGUUAGACAAAAUAAUACCUGAGUAGGAAGCAAAUCAGGGAUGAUCGGAUAAUUAAUUGUAAUAGAAAGCUCUUGAUUAACUCAAAGCAAUACAAAUAUUGAUAAGUUAGUUAGAUCUUGUGUUGACAGAAACUUCAGUAAUGAUUAUCUACAGAUAUCUGUGAAGUCACAUGCUGAUCACUUUAAUCAUGGGUCUUUUCAUGUUAAACACAUAUUCAGUACUGACUGUUUUUGUACCUUAUACAACAAAGCUAAGUACUACAGAGGUUUUACAGUGAGUUUUUUUUACUUAAAAAUUAACCAGAUAUUUAGUUAUAGACAAAUGCUGUAAGAUAACUGAAAAUGACCAUCCCAGCAAUGCAAUGUUUACACCUAGCUUUAUGUUAAAGUAAAUUUAACACAUUUUUAAUGUAAAACACAAGAUUUCCACCCUCCAAAUCAUAAUUAUUUAUAGAUUUUAAUUACAAAAUAGAAUAGUAUAUAUUUAUAAAUAUGUUUACAGUAUUAAACUUGAAUUUAACAAUUUCAUAUAAUAAAAAGGAAAUAUUUGAGAAAUUCUCAUCAACUUUAUGAAAGUAUUUUUAAAAAUAUCUUUAGAUGAUUUUUUUCUGUAAAAAUUUUUUAUCUAGUUUCCAUAGUUAUUCACAGUUGCAGGUUUUUGGUGUUAUUUUACGUGAGACAUGCAAAUUUGACGUUCGUUUUCUAUAUUUCAGUAUUUUUUUUCCUGUAUUUCAAACAUGCACACAAAAAAAUCUGUAAAAUAAAACAGAAAAAUUCUGUUAAUUUACAGUUUGUUUGUUUGACAUUGCAGUUUCUGAUUUGUCCCUCAGGGAUACUGUAGUAACUUUUAAGUGACAAGUUCCAGUUCUGUUUAGUGAUACAUUUUACUUUGGAUCCUCAUCGCACAUUUACCGAAAAAAACUUACAUGCUUUUACUGAAGUAAAAUCUUUAAGGCAGAAACGCUCCAUGUAAUUAAGUAUUUCAACAAUCUUGUACAACCACUUUUACCUAAGUGAAGGAUCUGAUUGCAUCUCCCACCAGUCAAGGAAGUCAACGCACAGCUUUUUGUAGAACAUUUGUGAUUCUGAUUUUGUCCCUUGUCUAAAAAAAGAUCCAAUCCUGAAUUAUGCUGUCUUGCUCAAAGAUGCUCAGUAUGCAUAGAAUUCAAAAUGUGAUUCCUUCCAUCUCCUCAAACUCUAGUUUAGCAAUUCAAAGCCAAGCCACAUCCUCUGCUUCGCUCUCUGCUGGUUUCACUGCUGUGAGCCUGUCUGCAUCUCAUUUACACUCACAUAUUUUCACACCAUCGCCGUAAACCCAGGGAUGUGUGGCUUGAAACUUUUGUAUGCGUGUGUCUGUGUGUGUGUGUGUGUGUCACUAUGAAAUCAUUAACCUAAAGUUAUGUGUGCAUUUGCUAAAGUUUAUGCCUUUCUUGUGUCUGCUAGAGUGUGUUUUUAUGCCUUGAUGUGUGUGUUUGUAUGUGUGUGUGUGAGCCCAUGCUUAGCCUGUUAAUUAAAUCUACAUUACACCCUG